AACGUGCUGAAUAAGUGAUAUCUUCGAAAAAGCACCCCAAACGUGUAAGGACGGCGGAUAUCAACAUUUGCUGUAAUUUGUAUGUUUCCUAGAAAAUUGUCAAUGGUUUGGCUACACCUCAUAUUGACGUAAAGCGCUGCUAAGCUGUCGCCAGCAAUGUCGGCGGGACCAAAGCUUCGUGAACUAUGUGCAAAGGUUGCCGCGCAGUCUUCACUAUCAGCCGCGCACGUUGCCUGCGCACAAACUGCGACCCCCUCAAGCGCCGCGCUCUCCAUGACUCCACUAUCAGCCAUCACUCGUCUGUCCCUCUCCCGGCGCGUCCCCGGUGGCGUCAACGCAUGGCGACUGCUGCAUGCGUGCAGUGGUUCAUUUGACGGAGCCCAACCAUCCCCGCAGCUCAGCCCUGCAUCCUCAGCACCCUCAGAUACCGCUACAGUCGCCGCUGCUGCCGCAUCCCACUCAAACAGCACCAGCAACAUCAGCAUCAGCGCCGCUAGCAACACCCAAAGCAACGGCCUGCCAGCUACCCCUACUCACCUCCCCAACCCCACAUCCCAACAACAACAACAGCUCCUGCACCACCACCGCUGGAAAGCGCCCACUCUCCCUUCACAACACUCCUAUCACCCUCAACCUCACCACCCUCAGCACCCACAUCAUCAUCAGCACCCCCACCCUCAGCACCAGCACCAAGCCCCCCUUCUCUCGCAGCCCUUCCGCCGCCCCCUCUCUGUGCAACCCGAGGCUGCUGUGUAUGCGGGCCCCUCGCCCCGCACCGCCCGAGUCACGCUGCGAACCAUCCGCAAGAAGUACGACGCGGGGGAGCCGCUGACCAUGGUGACGGCGUACGACUACCCCUCCGCCGUACAUGUUGAUACAGCGGGUAUCGACAUCCUGCUUGUGGGCGACAGCGCUGCCAUGGUGGUCCACGGACACGACACCACCCUGCCCAUCAGCCUGGACGACAUGACCAGCCACUGCCGGGCGGUGGCGAGGGGGGCGAGGAGGGCGUUCCUGGUGGGCGACCUGCCGUUCGGGUGCUACGAGACCGACCCACGGGACGCCGUCAAGUCGGCGGUGCGCAUGCUCAAGGAGGGCGGCAUGGACGCGGUGAAGCUGGAGGGCGGCAGUCCCGCCCGUGUGGAGGCUGCUCGAGCCAUCGUGGAGACCGGGGUGGCGGUGAUGGGGCACGUGGGCCUCACUCCGCAGUCCGUCAGCGCCAUAGGCGGCUUCCGCCCUCAGGCCCAGGUAGCUGAGGAGGCGCUGCGUGUGCUGGAUCAGGCUCAGGCGCUGCAGCGGGCAGGGUGCUUCGCGCUGGUGCUGGAGUGCGUACCCGGACCCAUUGCGGCGGGCAUCACACGCGUGCUCAGCAUACCCACCAUCGGCAUCGGGGCGGGCGGGGAGUGCAGCGGACAGGUGCUGGUGUAUCACGACCUGCUGGGGAUGAUGAGCCACCCGCACCAUGCCAAGGUGACCCCCAAGUUCUGCAAGCAGUACGCGCGUGUGGGCGACAUCAUCGGCUCCGCGCUGCAGCGCUACCGACAGGAGGUGGAGGAGCGCGUGUUCCCCGGGCCGCAGUACUCGCCAUACCGCAUGCCGGAGCAGGAGGUUCGCUCCCUGGCAGAGGCGCUGCGGGGUCGCGGCCUGGGCGCAGCGGCCGAGGCGGUGCUGGAGGAGGCGGAGAAGCUGGCGGCGGCGAGGAGGGAGGCGGCGGCGGCCAAGGAGGCAGCGGCGGCGGCGGCAGCAGCGGCAGGGGGGAGCGGCAGCGGGGGUGGCAGUGGCGGGGCGGCCGGAGGGGCAGGUCGUGGCGGGGCUUAGGUGCGUGCGUGUGUGUGUCGGGGGGCGGGGGGUUGCGGGCUGAGUUAGAUGGGUCGCGUGAAACGUAUGUGAUCUGAGGGAGGGUUGGAGAGGCAAACGUGCGUGUGGCUUGUACGUGUGUAUGUGAGUGUGAGUGGGUGUGCAUGUGUGGGGAGGGCUGGGAGGUGGGGAGGGGUUGGGCAGGAGGAGGAGAUGGCGGAGGAGGAAGGGGACCGUACAUGGCGUUGGGUGGUUGCUGGCUCAGCGGCGGUUCAUGGUUCGUUGGGGUGUGGGGGUGGGGGUCAGAGAGAAACAAAUGGAACCCAGGCCUCGGUAAGUCGUGCCGGGGGGGAAUUAUAAAGAAGUGCAACAACACAGUCACAGUCCAGACCGGAUUGGGACUGUGGGGGGGGGGGCGGCAGAGUCCCAGUGCAGAGAGCUGCAGCGCUUCGUGGAGCCACAUGGCGCCACAUGGAGAGGAAGGAGAAGAGGAAGAUAUCACGUUGCACAUGUUGCAGUUUUACUCCUUGGUAGGCCAGAGGGGAGAGGAUCUCUGGCGGCCGUCCUUCUUGAUUUGUGUUGUGUUGUGUUGAGGCAUUCUCGGAGAGGAAUGACGCUCGAGGCGCACGGAUCUGUCGGGUCAUUCAUGCCAACUUUUGACAAGACGUAUGCUGCAGCGUGCUGGCAGGCAGCUCUUUUGAGGCGUAUCUGGGAUUUAUGUGCAUCUCUUUUGAAGCGCAUGGACUUCUGCAUAUGACUAUGCCGCAUGUCCGAAGAAUGCGCCGGUUUUGCGUGAGGAAUGGAGCUGCUUCGGGGUCUCCUAGGCUGCUUUGCCGGGCUGCUUGUGCUUAUGGCAUCAGCAGGAGCAAAGUCUGAACAUUAUUCGGCACGGGAGGAGUGGCUGCUUGCGGCCAGGUUCCUGCAAAAGGUGCCAAGAAGGCGGCCCGCUUUGUUAUGCCUUUCGUGCAAAAUGCGAGGAUUUCAUUAACGUUGAUGCCGCCGGCGUAGCGCUGAAGAAGCGAACGUAUCGGCAUUCUUGGCUGCUGCUGUUC